AUGUGCUAUCAUCUAAUUAACAAUAUUUGGUAUCAACGACAGAACAAUCCUGUCAUUGUUACUUUCAAUGAAAAACUAACACCCGUUUGGGAUAUUCCAUUUCCAUCAGUCACUAUUUGCCCCGAAACUAAAUCUCACAUGAAUAUCUUCAAUUACACAAAAGUUUAUCAUAAAGUUAUGGCCCUACAAAAUAUUACAGAAGAAGAGUUUUACUUAUGGAAUGGAAUAACACAAACAUGUGUAACAUCAAUAUUUUCGUUCGAUGGAGAAGCGACCGUAGCAAAUUCAUCAGAUCUAAUCAAAGCUAUCUUGACAGCAGCUCCAACAUUAGACGAUACUUUAGCAAGUUGUUAUUGGAAAAAAUACGAGCAAUAUUGUGAAUCAAUAUUUGAAAGUAUUGUAACAAAUGAAGGAAUUUGUUUUUCAUUUAAUUCACUUAAAUCUGAAUAUUAUCGACCAGAAUUGUAUAAUGUACGCAAAGCAGAUUUCAUUGGUACCACAUUUGACAAUGUUGAAGAUGUUAAUUGGGAUUUAGAAAAUGGCUAUCACCAUAAAGCUGAUGAAGAUGCUUUUCCAUAUCGUGUCUUAGGAGCUGGAGAUAUGCAAAGUCUUGUUGUAACACUGGCAGAUAGAAAAGAAGAUAAAGAACAAAUAUGCCGAAAUUAUGUUCAAGGUUUUAAAAUAGCUAUUCACACUCCAGGUGACGACAUACAAUUACUGACGUCGAAUUAUAUUAAUGUACCCUUGGAUCAAUCCGUUUCGAUUACAAUCAAGCCGAAGAUUAUCAAUUCUGAUGACUUGCGUCAUUAUUUGCCAGAAAAACGCCAAUGCUAUUAUCAGAAUGAACCGUAUUUGAGGUAUUUUAAAGUCUACACUCAGGCCAAUUGUGAAUUGGAAUGGUUGACAAAUGCUACCCUUCUAGAAUGUGGAUGUGUCAAAUUUUCAAUGCCAAGAAAUUCAUCUCAUCCAGUUUGUGGAUCUGAAUUGGAUUAUUGCGUUGACUUUUUAACAAGCUUUAGUAGAACUUUGAAAUUUGGACAAGUAAAGAAAGUCAAAUCGGAGAACGUUUGUAAAGGCGAUGGUGAGUGUUUAAAUUAUUGUCUACCAACAUGCAUAAGCAUUGAAUAUAAAGCAGAGAUUAAACAUCAAGUUGCAAUAAGUUAUUCUCAAGUAGCGGAAACUAAUGUUGAUAUUUACUCUAAUUUUAAAUACAAUUAUUCAAACACUCGAAUAAGUCAAGUAAAAAUAAGUUUCAAUGACGACCAUUUCAAUGGUUUAAAACGAUCCGAAUUGUAUAGUACAACAGAUUUAAUUGCAAAUUGUGGAGGUUUAUUGGGACUUUUUAUGGGUGUUUCGAUUUUGAGUUUGGUGGAAUUGGUAUAUUUUUUUACAUUGAGAUUAUGGACAAAUUUGAAAAAUAAUAGGAAAAUACAAGACGAUAAAAGCAAAGGAAAUGCUCUUUGGGCUCGUCCAAUUCGCCAUACAAAGAUGUUAAAAGCCCAUCAGUCAAAACCGAAUUCAAGUAUUCGAUUUAGGAAACAAAAAUCUAUCAAAAGGUAUUGA